AUGUCGAAUGUAUCCGUCGGUUCGGCCGAUGCCGCGUUUGUGACGACGGCGACCGACGUUCUCAACGAGUACAACCGUCGAGGCAACAUGUACGAUGCAAAGCUGCAAUUCCACAAGCUUCUCGACGACUUGCAAUCUCCCGCGGUCUGUGAUCGUAUCAGGAGAGCUAGGAUGGGAACGACCCAGACGGUCCAGAGUUUCGAGAAGGAACACUUGGAGUCGUACGUUGUCUUCCAGCUGGCAAUGUCCAUGUCUCCCCUGGCCUUUCGAUCCGUUCUCUCGGGCACAGUUGACGAGCGGCACUUGGUAUUCUGCCACUGGCCUGGCCCUGGGGUCUACGCUGUCGGCGUGGCGGUUGACGGGCGCGGCGGCAAGUUCCUCUCCGCGCGAGAGAUUGAGACUCUCGCACAAGGCGUCGAGAGGUAUUCCGCCGGCUACGACACCCUCAAGACCGCCCCCCCAGCAGCGAAUCGGGGCUUAGAAGCGGGCUGUCAACAAUUCAACGACCCGGAGCAGCAGCGCGUUCUCGUGUUUGCAGAGAGGCUCCGCGAGCGGGCCAGGCUGCUCAUGACUGUUGACCCGACCGGCAACGUGGUCCAAGUGCAGAGUUCGCUGUACAUUGGUCGCUCAGACAAGCUCGAGAACCGGACCAAGGACUACCAGGUGCCCGUCCGCCUCGGCGGCAUCAACAAGCUUCUCGUGCUCACACUGAACGUCCUGGAGACGAUGAACCUCCAGUCCAGCCUCCAUGCUCGGCCCGUUAUCCGCAUCUGGGAGCGGCAUCAGCUGCCAUUUGCAGAGCGGCUUGUCGCGACACCGGCCGAGUCGCUGGUGGCCCAAAACAGCUUCAACGCCAAGGAAGCCAGUGGCCGAGCCAUCUGCAUGGCCAUCCAGACGGAGUUGAUGGCCGCCAAGGUCCAGGUGUUUUCCAUCAGACCGUUCCUGAGGCAACACCUGAGAGACGUCAAGACGGAACUUGAAGCAAGAUUAAAGUUCAUUGACGGCUUGAAGUGGCUAAGCCGCUCGACACUGAAGCAGAAGGCCAUCAAGACGAAGGAACAACUCGAGGCCUUCUUGGCAUUGAAGCCGAUGGCGUGGACCACAGCCGUGUCCAUGCUCCGGUCAAAGGCGGAAAGGCUUGACAAGCAGUGGGACACGCUGUUGCGCUUGAAGGUGCAGAUGAACUCCAUCAUGGACCUUCAACGCGCCAUGCUGCCGCCGUCUGAGGCAUCGCGCCUAUAG